AUGAUGUCAGACAGAUCAUGUGAUCGGGCCGGACCGGAGCCAUCGGGCAGCUCAGGAACCUGACAGAGAACAGGGAGGAGGAGGAGGGUUAGAAAGGAGAAGAGACGUCCCGGUGGAGACCGUCCCCUGAUAUGAUCGUAACUGCUCUGUUGCCAUUCCUGAAAGGAUAGGAAAAACAAGUUUCUUGGAUUUUUUUUGUGUGAAAACAGACUGUUUCUUGAUUGUUUUUAAACAUGGCUAAUAGGGGCGGAGCCACCAGACCCAAUGGACCAAAUGCUGGAAAUAAAAUCUGUCAGUUCAAGCUUGUCCUUUUAGGAGAGUCAGCUGUUGGAAAAUCCAGCUUAGUUCUACGCUUUGUAAAAGGACAGUUCCAUGAGUUCCAAGAAAGCACAAUUGGAGCUGCUUUUCUUACCCAGACUGUCUGUCUCGAUGACACAACAGUAAAAUUUGAAAUUUGGGAUACAGCUGGUCAAGAAAGAUAUCAUAGUCUUGCUCCGAUGUACUACAGAGGAGCCCAAGCUGCAAUAGUUGUAUAUGACAUCACAAAUGAGGAAUCAUUUGCACGAGCAAAGAACUGGGUGAAAGAACUGCAAAGGCAAGCAAGUCCCAACAUUGUGAUAGCUUUAUCUGGUAACAAGGCUGAUCUGGCCUCCAAAAGGGCUGUAGAUUUCCAGGAAGCACAGGCCUAUGCAGAUGAUAACAGCUUGCUGUUCAUGGAGACAUCUGCCAAGACGUCAGUGAAUGUUAAUGAAAUAUUCAUGGCAAUAGCCAAAAAACUUCCCAAGACUGAACCUCAGACUGCAGGGGGUAACACCAUCAGAGGAAGAGGAGUAGACCUUACUGAAGCUGCACAACCUAGCAAAAGUCAAUGUUGUAGUAACUAAGUCUUCAUGUACUAUAACCUGUAUUGAUAUUAUCUUGCUUCCUGUUAAUAACAAUCAAAUGUUUAACCCUUUAUUGGUCUUGAGCCAUGGAGCCGUUCAGCGCAAUGCGUCGCAAGUCCCUCUGGCAAUGAAACACAUUAACUUGGCACAGUGAAAUUUAUUUGAAGAGACAUUUGAUGGAGUCUCAUUCCUAAUACAGAGUUGUUUUACUGCUGAAACUGAUUUUUAACAUGCAUGCAUUACUUUCUCAAAGCUGAUAACUGUCUGAUUGGAAGAAUACACUGAUUAUGUAUAUUAAAAAGAAGAGAGAAAAAAGGAAUUGUUUAAUGAUCAUUAUAGAAAAUGGGUCUUGGAAAUAAUUGUUAUUUUAACACUUUCUGCAGUGUUGCUGGCUUUCCGGUUUCAUAGAAUUUAAUGGUUGAUAAUAAUAGGCUGGUUAUUGUCCAUAAACUAAGGAGGAACUUUUAAACUUGUUCUGAAUAGAUGUUUUAAUGCUAAUACAAGUACGGUGUAAAAACUGUUUUCAGCUUCUUCACAGUAUUCAAAAGAAAUUAUCGUCCUAACCCAUAUAUACAUUCCAUGUCCUAAUUUAUAGUUGUUCUGAAACUUAUUUUUCAUAUGCAAAAAACAAAUCAUCAUAACAAUGGUUGCUUGCACUUUUUUCCAUUUUGUCUUGGGCAUAAGCUUUAUUUUAUUUCAUGAACGAAUAAUCCAAAUCAUGUUAAAUGAAAAUUAAUUAUAUUAAAGGUGAUUUCAGAUUUGUUUCCCUUAAUGGAACACAGUGCUCUAAUACCACUUUCUGCUUUUGUAUGAUUUCAUUCAUCUUUGCCCACUACAAAUUAUAAAGUAUCCAAUGUUAUAACAAUCAUGUGUACUCCAUUUAGUCAUCUUAAAAUUGGAUGGUAAAAUUGUAUUGUAAAUAGGGUACUGAAUUGUAGUCUACAUUUAUGUUUAAUAUGUUCUGUUACUUGUAAGAUUUGGUUAAAACUGUACAGUUACUAAAUUGAUGAAAUAAAAAAAAAACUAAUGGUUUUCCUCUA